CUGCGAGCGGUUGCUGUGGCAGCGCCGGACGCAGCUAGAGCCGUGGCUGCCGCGGCCUCCGCCGCCUCCUCCAAAAGCCUGCCCCGACCCCUGGCUCGGGCCCCGCUUGCGGUUCCGCCAUGCCCUGGGGGAGGCGUGGCGGCAGGGUGAGCGCCCUGGAGGGCGGCCCGGAGGAAGAGGCGCCCCCGGUGGCGGCUGCUGUGCCCUCGGUGUUGUGGGCGUCCCGGCUGCAGCCAGAGGCUGCGGCCGAGCAGAUUCUGCUCCGGGGCAUCUUCGAGAUCGGGAGGGACAGCUGCGACGUGGUGCUGAGCGAGCGGGCCCUGAGGUGGCGGCCCAUCCAGCCCGAGCGCCCCGCAGGUGAUUUCCAGUAUGAUUUACUAUGUAAAGAAGAGUUUAUUGAACUCAAGGACAUAUUCUCUGUCAAACUGAAACGACGUUAUUCUGCAAAACAGCAGGGAAGUGGUACUUUAUUAGGUAUCACACUCUUCAUAUGUUUGAAAAAGGAACAAAAUAAAUUACAAGAUUCUACACUUGAUCUUAUUAAUUUAAGUGAAGACCACUGUGAUAUAUGGUUUAGACAGUUCAAGAAAAUUUUGGCAGGUUUUUCAAAUAGACCAAAGUCGUUAAAAAUACUCCUUAACCCCCAAAGCCACAAAAAAGAAGCUACUCAGGUCUAUUACAAGAAGGUUGAACCACUGUUGAAGAUUGCAGGAAUAAAGACUGAUGUGACAAUAACAGAAUAUGAAGGGCAUGCUCUGUCACUCCUGAAGGAAUGUGAACUACAGGGAUUUGAUGGCGUCGUGUGUGUUGGUGGAGAUGGAUCGGCCAGUGAAGUAGCCCACGCUUUGCUUCUCAGAGCCCAGAAGGACGCUGGGGUGGAAGCAGACAGCAUCCUGACUCCUGUCCAAGCACAGCUUCCACUUGGUGUAAUACCAGCAGGCUCCACUAACGUAUUGGCACAUUCUCUUCAUGGAGUCCCUCACGUGGUAACUGCAACUUUGCACAUUAUAAUGGGGCAUGUACAACCGGUCGAUGUCUGCAGCUUCAGCACCAUUGGCAAGCUUCUUCGCUUUGGGUUCUCAGCCAUGUUUGGCUUUGGUGGAAGAACUUUGGCUCUGGCAGAAAAGCAUCGAUGGAUGUCCCCUAACCAGCGAAGGGAUUUUGCUGUAAUUAAGGCAUUGGCAAAACUUAAGCCAGAGGACUGUGAAAUAUCAUUUUUGCCAUUUAAAAGCUCUCAGGAUUUACAAGAAAGGAGGGCACAGGAAUCUCCCAAAUCUGACUGUAAUGAACAGUGGCAAAUGAUCCAGGGUCAGUUCUUGAAUAUCAGCAUUAUGGCAAUUCCUUGCCUGUGUUCAGUGGCACCUAGAGGCUUGGCACCUAAUACCAGAUUAAAUAAUGGAAGUAUGGCUCUUAUUAUUGCACGAAACACUUCUCGACCAGAAUUUAUAAAACACCUGAAAAGAUAUGCCAGUCUUAAAAAUCAGUUCAAUUUUCCAUUCAUUGAGACUUACACUGUUGAAGAAGUAAAAGUUCACCCGAGGAAUAAUACCAGUGCACAUAAUCCAGAGGAGGAGGAGCGACCGCAUGAAACUGCUUCAGAAAACAGUUUUCCUUGGAAUGUAGAUGGCGAUUUAAUGGAAGUUGCAUCAGAGGUCCAUGUUAGAUUGCACCCAAGACUUAUCAAUCUUUAUGGAGGAAGCAUGGAAGAAAUGAAUGAUUCCAAAGCAACAUGUAAUUGUUUAUGAAAGAAAUAUGCAAACUGGAAUUUUAAUAUGAAGGAAUAUAGUCAUGCUUUAAACAGGUAUCCUGAUAGGAAAAAAAAUUUUAGAAAAAUUAAAAUUGCUAUUUUUGAUGUUACUUAAAAGAUAUAUGAAAUAUACCAAAAACAAAUUUUGGUUUUUUAGAAGGUAUUUAUUAGAACUGAAAGUAAACAUUGCAGGUACUUAAAAUUUAAACAUCAGUAUAUCAAUUUUAACUAGAUAAUUCCAAAGUGAAAUAAUUUGGAUUUUUUGAUUUUUCAGGAUUUGAGUCUUUCAAUUCUAAUGUUAAGUUUCCUAUGGCCUGGUACAGACAAACCACAAGUUCACAUAAGAAUGCCCUGAUUUUCCUGGGGAGGUGCCAAUCCAGUGAGGUUAAAUUUCAAAAUUACACAGCUAGUUAAUGAUAUAACCAGAAAUAGAACUAUUUUUUUUUUCAAAAUCUCUCCAAUACCUAGACUACUUGCCCAAAAAGAAACCCAAUCUUUUUUUUUUAAAAGUUAUGGUUCCAAUUUUGUGAAUCUUCUCUGAAAGUUGAUUUUCUUAAAGUGGUAGGGUUUUAAAAUUCAUAAUACAGGUAAUUUAAGACUUUAUAACAAAUUUUAUUUUAAACUGUGCAAAAUAUCUAACUGGGCAGAAUCUGGCCUAAUUGGGAGCUGUGUUCCUCUUGCUCCUGAAAGUCAUGUUAUCCAGCAAUCUGAAAUGCCAUCAUUUCUGAAUAAGAAAGAACUAAUGUUCCUCAGGGAUCAUCUUUGAGAAAGCGAUUCUGAAUUUGGGUUUGAUUUUCUACCAUGGAUCCUACUAUUUGGUUUUUUGUAAUUAAAAACAUGAAAAUAUC